UUCCCAUUAAAAAUUCAGUGAGUUUUUAUGGCCUAGGAUUACGAAGAAAGAAUAAAAAUAAUUCCACCAUUUGUAAAUGAACAAUUGAUGGUGGUUCUCUCUUAUAAAAAUGUGAAAUUUACUUGCACUACGAUGGCCCUGUCUCCACAAGAGCAAACAUGGGCACAGCUUCAGGAGAAUUUACGGAGGAAAAGACAUCAACUUGGUUUUGGAUCGCAUCGUGACUCUGGUGGUGGGAAACAUUUCAACGGUUACAAGAAGCCGCAACCAGCUCCACUUCCAAGAUUAUUGGAUUCACCCCCUGAGGCUCCUCUUCGUGGCACCCACUACCCGGUCAUACCUCCUGUUGCCAACGAUAGAUAUUUUGAAAGUGACGACAAUCUCAGCCUUCAAAGCUAUGAUUCUGAAAUACCAAUAUCCCUUAACGAGGACUAUUCAACAUUCUCCCUCCAAUCCUCAAGUCCCCCCUAUUCUCAUAAUGGUACGGCCAGGGGUCACUAUCCGAACCCACAGGCAAACCGUGACCCCUGGAACACCUCCACUAAGGUGAAGAGGGAUAUGAGGUACUUCUUGCCGGCUGAUCAGAAGCAUCGGCAAGCUCGGCGGCCGCAGGAUGGGGGAAUGCGGGUUGCCGGGCGGCAUGAGGUCGGUCUCCAUGGGAGGCAUGUAUGGAGCGAUCCGAGGGAGGAGGCAGAGUUAGAGAAUGAUUCAGCGACUGUGGUUCAGCGACAUUACCGAGGCUACAGAACGAGGAAGAGUCUUGAGAUGUUGCAUUAUCUUCAGCAUCCUACUUCAGCCGGUAUCUUCAUGCAUCAUUUCUUGAAGGAUUUACUCCAGCAUGACAUCAUCUUAGAUGUGGUAUGUGAGGUGCUGGUGGAGGCUCGAACAGGGAGAAAAGUCAUGCACGCAAGGGCAACUGCAUCUCAUCAGGGAGUAGUGAACACAUUGACGAUACGACAUUCCCCUACACCAACUCAAAGAUUUUGGCGGGAGGCGCUGGUACGGCCAGACAUUCACAAACCGGUAGCAGCUAAACUCAUUCUAGAGGUGCUGCAGGAGGAAUACAAAGAUCUCGUCUUGGAUGGGGUCAAUGAACUUGUAGAAGAUUACUUCGGGGCAAAGGUCGUUGCGGAUUCAGCGAAUCAAAUCAUCACAGAGGUCGUGGAAGAAAUGAUUCCGGAUGCUUUCGAUGAGGCUGGUAUGGAGGUUGCCAUGGAAGCGGUAGUGAAGGAUCUGAUCGAUGAAGAGACGCAAUCUUGCCUCGGUGUCUUAUUGGAGGAAACCUUCGUCAUGGGGAAGAUGCCGCUGGAUACGGCAGAUGAACAACUAGAGAGGAGAGAGGUGGCCCGAGUAGCUGAAAGCUUCUUAGUGGAUACCACAUUUCUUGAUCAUCUCUUACUGGCGGUGGUCCGUAACGGCCAGAGCUGGAACCCUCUGGAGCAAACAGACAGAUUUCUUGACGAUCAAUUAUUGAAGAUAUUGCUGGGUCAAUAUACUGGAAUACUUUACAACAGACAAGCAACUGAAGAAUGCAUUCCCCUCAAGCGACUGCAUGAAAAAGUCAUGACCGAUAUGGCAUUAGACGUAAUACUCACCGAGCUUACCGAUCAGUUAACGGAGGACCUAGAAGACUUGAAUGAAGAUGAACAACGCCUCUCAACUUGAAGAUGGACCCUGAUUGGCCAUUAGUAUUCAAUGGAAGCUGCUCAUUGGCCAAUUUUAUAAAAAUGUAUAAAGUAUUUUGUUGUGUAAAUAAAAGAAGAAGGUUUAAUUUAUUUGGGUCACUCCAUUAGUGAUGACUGUGAAUGAAGGCUUCAGUGAGACUGUACUAGGGAUCAAAAACAAAUUUUGGUUGAAAAGAAAAAUGACUUUAGCAGGGCUUGAACCUGCAACCUCUGGCUUAACUUGCUGGUCUUUCAACUGAGCCAUAUUGUUGGCAGUCGAUAUAUUUGUUUGUGUGUGCUAGUCACAAAUUUGGGUUGAAUAAAGAGAAUUUGACUAUAACAGAACUUGGAGGACUUGGACCUCCGACCUCUGGCUUAACUUGCUGGUCUACCAACUGAGCCAUUUUACUGGCAGUCGAUAUAUUUGUUUGUGGGUUCCAGUCAGAAAGGAGCCAAUGAUCACACCCAAGUUUACGACAGAACAUGGGAAGCGGCAGCCAGGGAAUCAACUUAAGGGGAUGUGACUUUUUAUUUCAAAUAUCAAGUAAACGGUAACCAACCUUACUAUGACAGUCAUUUGCCUUUGUGGUUUAUGACUUGAGACUAAACUAGAAAGGAAAUGUGGUGUUUCUUCACAAUUCGAAAAUCCUGACGACAUUUCAAAUUCUUUGAUCCUCAAUCAGUCUUUAAUGAUUAAGGAUUUUUAUUUUCUUAGAAUUUGUUUGCUAGAAUGUGCCUUUGAAACUUUGAUCGAGAACAAACUUCUUGCCUUACAAUUAUUUAAUUGUUCUUUUAUUAUUAAUAAUUUAAUAUCAUUAUAAUUAUUUAGAUGUGUACAAAUAUGACAUUAUAUUUGUUUCUUGAUAACUGUAUUACUAACUGCAGUAGUUACCCAAAGUGCACCUGCCUCCAAAUACUGAUGUUUUUAUCCUUACCAAUUCUGGGCACAAUUUCAUAAAGCUGUUAAGCAGAAAAUACUGCUUAGC